CCAUGUUGCGGCUGGCACUCGUUAUCCAAAACAAUUAAUCUUGUUACUAAUAAGUGUGUUAAACAAAGAAAUAGAAAGAAUAUAAACAAAGAAAAUAAAAGAAAACUGUAAGGAUUAGUGUGACUGAAAGGAAAAACUCAAGAAUGGCAUUUAUUUUGGGAAAGCUUGGGCUUUAUGCAAUGCUUGUCGUUUUUGUGCCAUUUGUAAGUCCGGGAAGGCACAAAUAUUCUCUGUUAGACAAUGUUCGGUAUUCUGACAUUUUUGGGCAGCACUUAAACACUUCUAAAAUACAGUGUAUUGCUUUGUGUGAUGAUACGAAGGAGUGCACAUCUGUCAACCAUAAAAUGGAUACGGGCAAAUGCGAGCUUUCACCCAACGUUCCAAGGGUCUUGACUCCGGCAGAAGCAACUGAGCCCAGCUGGCGGGUUUACUACAACGAUCGUAUCAUUCGUGGUGUGGAUGCAUGGCAAAUGUCAACAUUUACUCACAUUAAUGGUCCACUCUCAGCAAGCUACGCCAUUGAUGGUAACCGCGACAAUAAUGAUCUACCCAAUGACCACCUGCACUGUGCUCACACUGCAAGUGGCAAUUCGUUCUGGGGUAUGGAGUUUGAGCGUGUGGCAGAUGUGUCUUAUGUUCUCCUCUUCUUCCGAAAUGAUUCAUCUAUAAAUGAAAGGAACUCGAACUUACGCUUGCUGAUAUCGUCAACAAGACAGGAUGCCGACAACAAUGUUGGCACAGAUUGUGCAACCUUCGUCGGACCCCCAGCAUCGCCUUCUCCGCCGACCAAAGUGACGUGCACCCAACCUGUGACAGGAAAGUUCUUGAAGAUUAUACACAAUAAUCCGAAUGGCCUGACCCUUUGUGAAGUAGAGGUUUAUUCCACAUAGAAACAUCUGUUGAUCAGCGUUCCUGACUCUGUGAAGUAGAGUUUUAUUCUGCCUAGACACAUCUAUUGAUCGGCGUUCUUGACUCUUUAUGAAGUAGAGGUUUAUUCUGCCUAGAGACAUCUGUUGAUCAGCGUUCCUGACUCAGUGAAGUAGAGUUUUAUUCUGCCUAGACACAUCUGUUGAUCGGCGUUCUUGACUCUUUGUGAAGCAGAGGUUUAAUCUGCCUAGACAAAUCUGUUGAUCGGCGUUCCUAAUCAUUUAUAAAGCAGAAGUUUAUUCUGGCCAGACACAUCAGGUGAUCAGCGUUCUUGGCCCUUUGUGAAGUAGAGGUUUAUUCUGCCUAGAGACAUCUGUUGAUCGGCGUUCCUAAACCUUUAUGAAGCAGAGGUUUAUUCUGGCUAGACACAUCAGGUGAUCAGCGUUCUUGACCCUUUGUGAAGUAGAGGUUUAUCUGCCUAGAGACAUCACGUGAUCAGCGGUCUUACCUUUUGUGACGAAAAGGUUUAUUCCCUCUUGAAACAUCAGUUGAUCAGCGUUCCUGAUGACCUUUUGUGAAACAGAUGUUCAUUACGCUGACCAUUUAUAAAGAAGUAUCAUUACAUUACUAUAUGAUAUUUUUAAAUGGCAUGGUAUUAAAGCUGCAUGCCUCCAGACAUUUUUUCGAAAUUAAGAAAAAGGCUUUCUUUAGUAAGCAGUUGUAACAGAAGGAAGAUUAAAGGUGAGUUUGUGAGUUUGAGGAACUUCAUAUCUACAGCCGCACUCCUUCAGGCAAUCAAACAUAUAGAAAACUAUCAAAAGCCGUUAGGCAUGCUAUUGAAAAAUAAAAUAAAACAGAAGAAAUUUUGCUGUACCUGAUAUCAUAUACUUAAACAAUACUGUUUUAUCACUCUCGAUAUCUAAUAUUCAUCUGUUUUUGAAAAGGCAAGAUUUUGAUGUUGAUCUGGAGGCAUGUCCCUUUAAUUGGUCUCAAUGUUUAAAGAUUAGAUUAAUUAGAAUAAUGGGUAAAUUGAACAUUAAAUCAUAAGCUUUUUAAAACCAACAUGCCACAUGUUGUUCUGAGACAACUUGUGUAUGAAAAAAGAACUGGAACCGCUACCAUUGCAUGGACGUAAGGGGCGACUGAUAGGGUCUGAGUCCUUGGUUUUGCUGUAUCCCUGUAACUCCAGCAGGUAUAAAAGUUUUAAUUACAUGCCGCAUAUUUACAUUUCGGUGUAAAUGAGACGUGGUACUGAAUAUUUUGCCCAUAUUUUCAUACUUCAGGGUUAUGUGACCAAUUUUUCUUAAUUGGAUUUGAAGCUUUACUGAAAAUUUUUAUGAGGUCACAGACAAUUUAAAUUAUUCCUUAUCUAAUCUGAUCGUACAACAUUGGAUUUAACCCAGCCGCAGUUACGUCGUAGAUUUAUAUAUUCUUAAAGGUUUUAUUAAUGCCCUCCUGGUUUUGCAGAAUCACUUGAAAUGCAUUGUGGCGUAACAACUAUACGCACGCAUCUACUGCUGAGACGCUUUGUUAACAUUUGCAUACUAAUAUAAAACUUAGUCUAAUAUGACUAGCAAUACUCGGAUCAUAUUAAGUUGACGUUACGUCGACGUGAUAUUUAGCGUCAUGUACGCAUCUCGAGGAAAGGUGCGUUCUAAUUUGAUCAAAUAUUUUACUUAAAACGAAAUGUCGUAUAGCACGAGUGUCUUGAUUAAUUUACUCAAUAUACGGAGUUGAUUAUCAAUUAGCUGUGCAGUAUAAUUCGCCAUUAUUUACGCCCUUAUGGUACAAUUCUGUAAGAGGUAUUACCAUUUCAGGUCCAAGGAGCGAGACGACCUACCAUUUGGCGCCAUAUAUGCGCCAAGAAACAGUUCUAUUCUAAAUUUUACAAUAAAAGACAUAUAAGAAUCGAAUUAAUUUAUAGCAAACUUGUGUUUGAACACUAUUUAUACACUCGAACGCUUAUAUAUCGUACAAAAUAAUUUCACGUCCUGCGUCCUCGAGAAAUCAUUACGCCCGACGCAUAACCGCCCGUCGUGUAUAAAUAGUGUUAAAACAUGAUUUUGCUAAAAUUUCUUUCUUAAGUUUUAAUAGAAAUAUCACCUUCGAGCAUUCCACAACUUCACAGUACAUAUUGUGAUAAACAGGGUUUAUAUUUUCUGUAUAGAGUUCACAUAUCCUGACUCUUUUUUAAAGUUAACUUCUGCAGAUUUUGUGGAAGUCUGGAAGGCAUAAAUACUACACUUGCCUGUUUUCAAACUUCACAAUCUUAAAUCUCUGGCCUUGAGCUGCUGAUAUACUUAAUAAUACUAAGAAAAUAUCUACAAGAAGCCUAAACAACAAGUUUAUACAAAGACUAUCUCACCUUCUGAUCAGCAGUGGGUUUUUUUUGUAUCCACAUUUGUUAUUUUUCUGUGUUAGAAACUGACUGUUAUUGAAAAUAUAAUGGUAAUACUAAUAAUACGUAUCAAAAUUAGGUUAUCA